AUGGCUACACCCGAUCCCACGCCGCAAGUAGCGGUCGUGGAUGAAAAACUGCCUCCAGCCGAGGCUAGAAGUGCUAGAUCAACGUCGGGUGAAGAACCCAAGGCUCCGGGCCUGGAUGUUGAUGGCCUGGAAUCAACAACGAAGAAGAAAUGGUACAAGCGACUCAAUCCUUUACGAUGGCAGACUCCACCACCUGUUCCAGAGGAACGAACCCCCUCAAAAGAGUAUGGCGCUUCAUUUCUUAGCGUUGUGUAUUUUCAAUGGAUGUCGCCCUUGAUGAAUGUUGGUUAUCUUCGUCCUCUUGAGCUUCAAGAUGUCUGGACAGUGAACCCUGAUCGUACCGUCGAUAUUAUAUCAGGUCGACUCGAGGCUGCAUUGGAACGUCGUACGGCAUCGAAGAGUAAACGGCCACUUACCGCCGCGCUCUACGACACAUUUCGCUUCGAAUUCUUACUUGGCGGUAUCUGUCAGCUAUUCAGUUCGCUUCUGUUGGUCUUUGCGCCCUACCUAACGCGGUAUCUAAUUGCAUUUGCUACGGAGGCCUGGGAGGCGAAGGAGACUGGUCUUCCUUCCCCAAACAUUGGCCGCGGAAUGGGGUUUGUUGUCGGGAUCAGUCUUAUGCAGGCACUGCAGAGUCUGUGUACUAAUCAAUUCUUGUAUCGAGGUCAGAUGGUUGGUGGUCAAGUACGUGCGGUUUUAAUUUCUCUGGUUUUCAACAAGGCCAUGAAACUGUCCGCGCGUGCUAAAGCCGGUGGAAAGGCGACUGAAGAAGAGGUCAAGGCUCUGGAGACUGCCAAGGAGGAAGCUCUCCAGAAGGACCCCAAUAAGAAGCCUGCCGCUAAAGACCCCAAAGCUGCAGGGGACGCAAAUGGAGUGGCAGGUGAUGGUCGUGGAUGGAGUAACGGCCGCAUCAUUGCGCUCAUGAGUAUCGAUGUCGACCGGAUCAACCUUGCCGCUGGCAUGUUCCACAUGGUGUGGACAGCCCCUAUAUCGGUCAUCGUGACUCUGGUCUUGCUCCUUGUCAACAUCGGCGUCAGUUGCCUUUCGGGAUAUGCGUUGCUAGUGUUUGGCAUACCUUUCCUCACUUUUGCGGUUCGAUUCCUGGUGAUGCGCCGAAAAGCCAUCAAUAAGGUCACCGAUCAGCGUGUAUCCCUGACACAGGAAAUUCUACAAGCUGUGCGCUUCGUGAAAUACUUUGGAUGGGAAAGCAGCUUCCUCGGCCGCCUGAAAGAAAUUCGCACCCACGAGAUCCGGUCCAUCCAGACCCUUCUGGCAGUUCGCAAUGCCAUCCUAUGUGUGUCGAUGUCGAUUCCCACCUUCGCCUCUAUGCUGGCUUUUAUCACCUAUGCUCUGACAAGCCAUGAUCUUCACCCGGCUAACAUCUUCUCUUCGCUUGCACUGUUCAACUCUCUGCGUAUGCCACUCAACAUGUUGCCCAUGGUUCUCGGUCAGGUCACCGAUGCCGUGACUGCUCUGAAUCGUAUCCAGGAAUUCUUGCUCGCCGAAGAGCAAAAGGAGGAUAUCAAACAGAUCAAGGAUAUGCAUAACGCCAUUGAAAUCGAAGAUGCCUCGUUCACGUGGGAGCGUUUGCCGACCGAAGAGGAAAAGACUGGCAAGGUUGACAAGAAAGCUGCAAAACUUUUGGAAGCCGCCAAGGAAAACGAAAUUACGGAAAAGGAACAACCAACGGAACCAUUCAAAUUGGAGCAUGUGAGCCUCGAGAUUGGUCGCAAUGAACUAUUGGCAGUUAUUGGAACGGUCGGCUGUGGUAAGACCUCUCUUCUCUCCGCUCUGGCUGGUGAUAUGCGUGUCACUGAGGGCCAUGUACGAAUGAGUACAACCCGCGCUUUUUGCCCACAGUACGCUUGGAUCCAAAACACUUCCGUACGCAACAACAUUCUUUUCGGCAAAGAGUAUGACGAGACUUGGUACAACGACGUGAUCGAUGCUUGUGCAUUAGUUCCGGAUAUGAAGGUUUUGCCCAAUGGUGAUUCGACUGAGAUUGGUGAGCGUGGUAUCACGGUCUCUGGAGGACAAAAGCAGCGUCUUAACAUUGCGCGGGCCAUUUAUUUCAAUGCCGAGCUUGUGCUCAUGGAUGACCCCCUUUCUGCUGUUGACGCUCAUGUCGGCCGCCACAUCAUGGACAAGGCUAUCUGUGGGCUACUGAAAGACCGAUGCAGAAUCCUUGCUACCCACCAGCUCCACGUUCUCAACCGAUGCGACCGCAUUGUGGUCAUGGAAGAAGGCCGGAUUCACGCAGUCGACACAUUCGACAACCUCAUGCGCGAUAACGAGUUGUUCCAGCGCCUUAUGGCCACAUCUGGACAGGAGGACUCGAAUGAGCAAUCCGAAAAGGCCGAAGAAGCCAGCGAAAAAGUAGAAGAAGCACAAGAAGCAACCCCCAAGGAAGCUGGAACGGCAAAGCCAGCGGGCGUCCUGAUGCAGCAAGAAGAGAAGGCUACAUCAUCGGUGGGCUGGAAUGUAUGGAAGGCCUACAUCCGUGCAUCCGGCAGCUCCUUAAACGCUAUCGUGAUUCUUUUCUUCUUGGCUCUUGCGAACGUAGCCAACAUCUACACCAGCUUGUGGCUUUCAUAUUGGACUUCCGAUAAAUACCCCUCGUUCUCAACGGGCGAAUACAUUGGUAUUUACGCUGCAUUGGGUGUUAGUGGUGUUCUCAUCAUGUUCAUCUUCUCGACUUACAUGACGACAUGCGGAACGAAUUCCAGCCGAACGAUGCUUCAGCGUGCGAUGACCCGUGUCCUGCGCGCUCCGAUGUCGUUCUUCGACACUACUCCCCUUGGUCGUAUCACCAAUCGCUUCUCAAAAGACGUUCAAGUCAUGGACAAUGAACUUUCGGACGCGAUCCGUAUGUACGCAUUGACGAUGACCAUGAUUAUUUCUGUCAUGGUUUUGAUUAUCGUCUACUUCUACUAUUUCGUCAUCGCCCUUGUCCCUCUUGUGAUUCUGUUCCUCCUCGCUUCCAACUACUACCGUGCAUCCGCCCGGGAAAUGAAACGCCAUGAAGCAGUCCUUCGAUCGAGCGUUUAUGCCCGGUUCAGCGAAGCUAUCUCCGGCGUGGCAUGUAUUCGUGCCUACGGCGUUGAAAAGCAGUUUCAGCGAAGCAUUCGCGACUCCAUCGAUGUGAUGAACGGUGCAUACUUCUUGACAUUUUCCAAUCAACGCUGGCUCAGUGUCCGACUUGACGGUGUAGCUACCCUCAUGGUCUUCGUGAUCGGUGUUUUGGUUGUCACAUCCCGAUUCAACGUCUCUCCCAGUAUCUCUGGCUUGAUCUUGUCCUACGUUCUCUCCAUCGCUCAGAUGCUCCAAUUUACUGUUCGUCAGCUUGCCGAGGUAGAAAACGAUAUGAACGCCACCGAGCGCGUUCAUUACUACGGUACCGAAUUGGAGGAAGAAGCUCCCCUGCACCUAGCUGAGGUGCCUGCCAGCUGGCCCGAGAAAGGCCGCAUCGAGUUCAAGGACACUCAGAUGCGGUACCGAGCCGAACUGCCUCUAGUCCUCAAGGGUCUCAGCAUGGACGUACAGGGAGGUGAGCGCAUCGGUAUUGUCGGCCGAACCGGUGCCGGAAAGUCGAGUAUCAUGUCUGCUUUGUUCCGGUUGACCGAACUAUCUGGAGGUACCAUUCAAAUUGAUGGAGUCGACAUCUCCACCAUCGGUCUGUAUGAUCUUCGCUCCCGUCUUGCCAUUAUCCCACAAGACCCCGCUCUCUUCAAGGGCACCAUUCGUUCCAACCUCGACCCCUUCAACGAACAUGCCGAUCUGGAACUGUGGUCUGCCCUGCGCAGAGCCUACCUAAUUGGUGAAGACACUCUCGGUGUCGAUGCGGAAGCAGUCCUCCCCGAGCCCUCCACCGGAACCACAACCCCCGUCACAGCCAGCGACGCGAAGCCCCGGCCAACCAACCGCCUGACCCUCGAGUCCCCCGUUGACGAAGAAGGUCUGAACUUCUCUCUCGGCCAGCGUCAACUCAUGGCGCUCGCUCGAGCUCUGGUCCGCGAUGCAAGGAUCAUCGUGUGCGACGAAGCGACAUCCUCCGUCGACUUUGAAACCGAUCAGAAGAUCCAGCGCACCAUGGCUCAGGGAUUCCAGGGCAAGACAUUGCUCUGCAUUGCGCAUCGUUUGCGCACCAUCAUCCACUACGAUCGCAUCUGUGUGAUGGACCAGGGCCAGAUCGCCGAGAUGGAUACCCCGCUUGCGCUGUUCGAUAAGUCGGAUGGUAUUUUCCGUGCUAUGUGUGAGCGCAGCGGCAUCUCGCGACAGGAUAUCCUUACCCAGGAUUGA